AGGAGAGACAUUUUCAGUGGUGGUAAUUAAAGCACUGUGGAUAUAGUAACAUGUGAUACUUGUGCUCGUGUUUCAUCAACGGGGCGUUUCUUGUGAAUAUUAUAUAGACUGGGAUCUUCUCCUUUCAGACCAUUACCAUCUUGUUGAACAAGGGCUGUAGGGUCAGUUUCCAAGAUAAUAUAUCGACACAGUUUUUGACAUUGCUGAAUUUGAUUUCUACCAGACGGCAAUACCAGAACAAAGAGAAACUUUACUUUGAAAAGAAACAGGAACACAACUUUUAUUCGUUUGGUGCCGACAUUCGUUUCAAAGGUUUUCUAGCCAAGGGCCCUAUUCUCCUAGACAGACAACAGAAGGUCCAGCACAAUGGCGCUCUUGUGUCUUGGGAAAACGGUUUUGAUCGUCUUGAACAUAGUGUUUAUGAUUAUAGGCUUGGCUUUCACAGCGGUUGGUGCUUUGUUGGCGUUUGUCCCAGGGACAAUCCUGCAAACGUUGUAUAAAACUGCUAAGGAGACUGCAGACGCGGCUGGCUAUUCUUUCCCAAAAAGUGCGGACGACAUAGCAAAUGUCCCAAUGGUUCACGAAGUUGGAUUGGCUUUGUUUAUUUUAGGCAUUAUCUUCACGAUCUUGGCUUUUCUCGGAUGCUGUGGUUCCUGUUCUUCCUGCUGCAAAAUUUUGCUCAUCGGAUUUGCUCUGGUGAUGAUUUUGCUGAUGAUUGCAGAGAUAGUUGUCUGCUCCUUAUUUUUUGUCAAAGACUCACCACUGCACUCUAAUGUGAGAACUCAACUGAAGGAGGAACUGAAACACUAUAAAGAAAAUGACACGAACGAUGCCUUCAGCCAAACUAUGAAUCUGAUUCAGGUCUAUUUUGAAUGUUGCGGAGUUGACAAUUCUACUGACUAUACUGUAAAACCACAAACUUGCCAGAGCUAUGAUAUUGGUUGCUACACGAAGCUAACCAAUGUCAUACAAGACAACCUUCUGUGGGCAGGCCUGGCUCUCGGAGGCAUCUUGCUGCUUCAGCUGAUUGAAGUAGUUAUUGCUGUCUACAUUUUCAAGAACAACAAAAUUUUACCCAUCUAGAAGAAACAUUGUUUCAGCUGAUUCAAUUCAUAGUUCAAAUGCAAAUUUUAAAAGUCUGAUGGACCGGUGUUUCACUUCAUUAAAGUCAUAUUUACUAAUCUUCAUUUUCAAAAACAAAUUUUAUAAGUCUGAUGGACCUAUGUUUCAGCUGAUUAAAUUCAAAUUUGCAAUUUUCAUCUUCUCUUUUAGUUUCUAGUUUGGAGGCAUUUUAAAAAUAUUUAAAAUCAUAUUCAGGAGUACAACAAAAGUCCCCUCACUGAAAUCUCUUGAGCCAUUCUGUUUUAAUCUGAAGCUUGAAUACAUAUCUUUUUACAAUUUUUUUUACAUAGUAAUUAUAAUGUUCUGAAGAUUAUGAUGUUCUGAAUUAUACAAUUUUGUUGGCCCAUGAAAUAUUUCCUUUACAUGAAACAUAAUUUAAUUAUAAUUAAAAGUGAAUCAUGUGAUAUCUAGAUAGUAUUGUAUCUCUACCUUAUUACUUUAUAUUAGAGGUAAUGAGAUUGUAGUUAUAGCUUAUUUAAUUUUUUUUUUCAAUUUAGUCCUUUGCAAGUUGAAUGUAAGUUUUAUUCAUACCUUUUAAUAUACUACUUCUUGCCUAUUGGGAACCUAUAUCAUAAUUUGAUGGGGUGGGUUUUCUUUUUCUUUUUUUCAUCUUGAAAAACCGAAUUCAUGAGAUUGUUUUUUUAGUCUUUUUAUAUUUGUUUUUGUGCCAAAUAUAGAAGACAAAAAUUUCUUUAGUUUACUCAAUAAGUGCAUAAUAUGAUUAACUUUUAAUAAAUACCAAAUUAUUGUUGAUCUUUUUACGUGCAGUCUUAAAAGAUAUUAAGAAACAUUUAUGAAAGAAGGAAAAAAGUUUCUAAAUAUUGAAAUGUAUUCAGAAAGUAAUUUUGUGAAUAUUGUGUCUGGAUUAUAAAAAAAGUACUUUAUUUAAUUUUAAUGAGCUUCGUAUGAUUGUAUUUUCAGAAUGAUUAAUAUCAAAGAAGGGAAGUGUUUAAGCCUAGUCCAAAAGUUUUUUUGUUUUUUUUUUAAAUUAGGUUAUAUUGUAUGUGAAUAUAUUUUUAUUUUAAAAGAAUUUGUUUCAUUUUCCUCAUAAUUUAGUCAAAACAGACACUUUUCUAAAUAGAUAAAAAGUUCAUUGUAAAUCUGAACUGGUUUAGUCAUUUAUAAUUAACAGAGUUUUAAAAUUAUUAAAUUUAAAAUCUUUUAAAGAAAAUAUGUAAAUUAUUAUCCAGGGUAAUUGUUCAUUUUAAUUUUUGAUUAGAACUCCAUUUAAAUAUUUCAUGGUAAGAAAAAUUAAUUUUUAUAAACACUACAUAUAGUAAUUUGUAACUAUAUACUUUUGAGGCCUUUUAUUUGACACAAUUUUAUAUUCUCAUAGAUGUUACAAUGUAAAAAAAUAUAUUAGAAAAAUAUUUUAGCAUCUGUUUGAAUAUCUUGUAUUAAACUUGAAAUUUAAAAAAAACAAUUAGGGAGAUUUUUUAAAAGCACUUUGAACUGUAUUACAUUUUAAAGUUAAAUUUUAAUGUACCUAAAUUAUCUGCGCCAUUACAUUGCAAGGUCUGAAAGGGGUAUCUUCACUCUUAUCUUAAAUCAACAUUGACCUACAUUUCAGCUUUUUUUUUUUACUUGUUACCUGCUUUUUCUGUAUUAUUAUGUUGACUAUUAUUUUUUUUUUGUGGGAAUAUUGUAGGAUUAUAUUGAUGAUGGCAAGAAACUUUGUGCCAAAAAUCCAAUUUUAUUUUUUUUUUUUUUGGUUUCUGGAGUUUCUUUCACUUCUAAUAUGGAAUUAGGAAAUGUUUAAAAAAUUUAUUAAUGAAUAUUUGUAAUUUCCUUGUGUAUUUUUAUUAAGUUUUUUUACACUUCUGAUUUUCCAAUAAAAAAGAAAAUAUUUAGCUUUGUAGGAUAUACAUGAAACUGUGAGAUGUUUAUUUUACACAUCAACAAUGUCUUCAUUUAUCACAUUGUUUGCCCUCUUGUUAGAUUGUUGUGCUAUGCGUCUGUGAUAUUUUUUAAAAUUUUGUUUUUGUAUUUUAUAUCUAAGGGAUGUUUUUUAUGAAAACUUUGAUAAUAUAUAUAUGGAGACACAGUCUUAAACGAUACCAUACUUAUGUAUAUGGUUAUACCGUUAUGGAAAUGUUCUGUAGGCUACGCCACUCUCCUGCUUAGAUAGACCUGAAAUUUAUCAGCUUACUGUAAUUUAAACCGUAUUUGAAAAUAGUUUCACUUAUGAAGUUCAUGUUUUUAUGUUUUAAUAUUAUUUCCCUUGCUUGAAUCUCUGAGAUGUACUCUUCUGUUCUCUUGCUAUCUUUGGCAUUGCUCUUUUAUUAUAAAAACAUCAUAUCAUAAUGACCUGCUGCCUGGUCAUUCGAUAUGCCUGCUGGACUGUCAUUCAGUCGUCUUGAUGAACCCUCAUUCUAUUUCUACUGACAUUUCCCAUUGUCCUACCGGAGGUUUGGACUAGGUGGUAGAUUAUCCUUAAUUCUGAAAGAACUUCCAAAAUAUGUAAAAAAAAAAACACACCAAAAAACAACCAACAAUUUCCUUUAUAAUGUUUUAUAACCCAAGAUAGUUGGAAUAGAUCAUACAACUUAUGAAAAAAUUAGUCAAAAUAUUUUUUUUGGUAAAUACAAUAUAAGGGUAUAGAUUUCUUUGUUAGAAACUCAAAGCGUUUAAUGUACCAUUCAAUGGUUAUAAAUAAUGUUAUUAUGAAAAGAUACAAUAAGCUUAGGAAAUGCUGUCUGCCUAGUUAUCAUUCUAUGUUUAUCUUAAAGUUUUGUAUUUUUGUAUUUCUUGGAGAUAGCUGUAUUUUGUUCAUCAUGUUAAAUAUGUCUCACUUUGUGAUAGUAUUGGCAUAUUUUUUAAUGUAUUUUAUUCUGUUGGAAUAACUUGUACAGUACCCGCUUUAGACCCAGACAACCUUUUGAGGAAACUCCUUUAUUGGGCUGAGUAAAUAUAUAAUACAACGUAGGCUUCAAAUAUCUGUUUUAAAUAUACAUUUAUGGGUUUAGACUUUCUACAAAGUCUUGGAGGUAGCUUCACAUAUAUUCCUCAUUGGUAUGCAAGAAUUUUGCAUUUUUCAAAAUGACAUCUUACUGCACAUAGCUCAUGUUGACAUAAAACUGGAAUAUUUAUUUUGCUAUUUAUUUUUUUGCAACUAUUGUAAGUCCGUCCGAAAAUGUUUAUAAUUUUUCUCUUUUAGGGCGCAGACCAGAGGUAAAAGAUUUAAAUUUCUAUUAUGAGCAUAUAGAUGGAGUGAAACAUUGUUUUUUUGGUGGUAUAUUGACUUCUGGUCUGGAAAGGUUCUUGCUCAGUAGCCCUAAUCCUAACCCCAUCCAAUUUUAUCAUUCCAAGACAUUACAUUCCUGAUUUGUACAUUUUUAGCUUACUAUAUUAAUUUAUAUCUUUACAAAAUCAUAUAUUUUUUUCUUUCAUAUGCUUUGUGAUUAUAAACUUAAUAUCUUUUGCAUUAUUGUUAUAUAAAUAUUUCUAAACUGCUGAAAUCUGUAACCAACAUCUUGGUCGACAAGUUUAAUCCUUAAUAUUGCUUUAAAACAAAUUGGCUACUUAUAGGGUUAUUGUUUUACUAUUGUCUUUGCUUGUCAACUGUGGCUCAAUUGCCUUCUUUACCAAAUUUAUAUUUACAGAAAUAAAUUAACUGCAAUAAAAUUA